UUCCUUCCUCACUUGGCCUCAAGGAGAGUAAGGCUACGCCCUAGCGGCUCCGCGGCGGGCUCCGCGUCACAGGAACUUCAGCACCCACGGGGCGGACAGCGCUCUCCUCCACCUGCAGACCUGACUCCUGAGCGCCCAGAACCCUUUCUAGUCUCUACUCGCUGCGGCGUCGAGCCCCACCCCCGGCUGGGUUCCCACCACUCUUCCUCCCUGCACCCGCCCUCCUACCUCUUCCUGUUUUUACUCCUCUUUUUCAUUCAUAACAAAAGCCACCGCUCCGGGAGCCGGCGCCAGGCUGUUUCUGAGCCAAGAGUGGAAGAAUGGGGUUCCUUUGGACCGGCGCUUGGAUUCUGGUGUUAGUGGUCCACAGCAGCCCAAUUCAAGCUUUCCCCAAACCGGAAGGCAGCCAAGACAAACUUGUACAUAAUAGAGAAUUAAGUGCAGAAAGACCUUUAAAUGAGCAGAUUGCUGAAGCAGAAUCAGACAAGAUUAAAAACAUAUACUCUCCAGAAAACAAGCCAGGUGAAAGCAAUUAUUCCUUUGUUGAUAACUUGAACCUGCUAAAGGCAAUAACAGAAAAGGAAAAAAUUGAAAAAGAAAGACAAUCUGUAAGAAACUCUCCAUAUGAUAAUAAAUUGAAUAUGGAAGAUGUUGAUUCAACCAAAAAUCGAAGACUAAUAGAUGAUUAUGAUUCUACUAAGAGUGGACUGGAUCAUAAAUUUCAAGAUGAUCCAGACGGUCUUCACCAGCUAGACGGAGCUCCUUUAACUGCUGAAGACAUUGUCCAGAAAAUCGCCACCAGGAUUUAUGAGGAAAAUGACAGAGGAGUAUUUGACAAGAUCGUUUCUAAACUCCUGAAUCUUGGCCUAAUCACUGAAAGCCAGGCUCAUACACUGGAAGAUGAAGUAGCAGAGGUUUUACAAAAAUUAAUCUCGAAGGAAGCCAAUAGUUAUGAAGAGAAACCCAAUAAACCCACAAGCAAGACUGAGAGUCAGAGUGGAAAAAUACCAGAGAAAGUGAUUCCAAUGGCAGCAAUUCAAGAUGGUUUUGCUAAUGGAGAAAAUGAUGAAACAGUAUCUAACACCUUAACCUUGACAAAUGGCUUAGAAAGGAGAACGAAAACCUACAGUGAAGACAACUUUGAGGAACUCCAAUAUUUUCCAAACUUCUAUGCACUCCUGAAAAGUAUUGAUUCAGAAAAAGAGGCAAAAGAGAAAGAAACACUGAUUACUAUCAUGAAAACACUGAUUGACUUUGUGAAGAUGAUGGUCAAGUAUGGCACGAUAUCUCCAGAAGAAGGUGUUUCCUACCUUGAAAACUUGGAUGAAACAAUUGCUCUUCAGACCAAGAACAAGCUAGAAAAAAAUGUUACUGACAAUAAAAGCAAGCUUUUCUCAGCGCCAUCAAUGAAGAGUCAUGAAGAAACAGACAGCACCAAGGAAGAAGCAGCUAAGAUGGAAAAGGAAUAUGGAACCUUGAAGGAUUCCACAAAAGAUGAUAACCUCAGAGGAAAAACAGAUGAGCCAAAAGGGAAAACAGAAGCCUAUUUGGAAGCGAUCAGAAAAAAUAUUGAAUGGUUGAAGAAACACAACACAAAAGGAAAUAAAGAAGAUUAUGACCUUUCGAAGAUGAAGGACUUCAUCAACCAACAAACGGAAGCUUAUGUGGAGAAAGGCAUCCUAGAUAAAGAAGAAGCCGACGCCAUCAAGCGUAUUUACAGCAGCCUGUGAAAAUGGCAAAAUGGCCCGGGAGUCUUUCCACUGUGUCAGAAGACAUAAUAUAGCUUCAAACUCUCCCGAUUUUGUGAUUAAAGUUAUUUUGACCCACGGAGUGUUAGAAAGUGCUGGAUUUAUAGUAGAUAACCUUUUAGAAGUGGUUAAGACAUAGCUUUCUUGCCAUAAAAACUAUCUGAAAAGUAACGUUGUAAGCUGAGAUUUUGUAUAUAGAAUCCUUAUUUCCUUGUAGAUUUACAUUUUAUAAUCAGAGAUGGGUUGCUUUGGAAAAGCCUGUAAUGGACUGACCUUAAAACUGAACCUUUUUCCUACUGUGUCACACAUAUAAGCACCCCCUGAAGAAGUGGGGGUUCUGUUUCAAGGCAUGCUGGCUACCAAAGCACCUCAUAGCAUAUCUGUUACAAGAUGUCCUUUUCACUACCAGGUCCCUUUUGGUUGAAAUAAAUUCACGUUCCCUCAAAGCCUCUAUAGCUUGAAGGAAGCUACCUGCUUUUUUUCUUUGCUUUUUUAAAAUAGGUAACUUUCUCUUAUUUUAAAUAUGUUUUUAUUGAUUUGAAAGAGGGAGGGAGGAAAAGGGAGAGAUAGAAACAUCAAUGAAAGAGAAACAUCAACAUCGAUGAAUUGAUCAGCUGCCUCCUGCAUGCCCUCUACUGGGGAUCAAGCCCAAAACCCAGGCAUGUGCCCUGACCAGGAAUCAAACUGGCAACCUCCUGGUGCAUGGGUCAACUUCUGAGCUACACUAGCCAGGCUGCCUUUUUUUUUUUUUUCUUACGGCUCUUCCUGCUAGUUCUGUAUCAGGCCGAAUAGCACGAAAAGGAACCUGAAAAAUGGGCAUAGGAUUUUCUGGAUUUAUUAACAAUUUCCCCCCACUCUUAAUAUUUUCUAUUAGUGAGUUUUAAGACAUUGAUUUUGUUUAUUAUGAGGGAUAACUAUAGCUCUAGUUGGUUUGGCUCAGUGGAUAGGGCAUUGGCCUAUGGACUGAAGGGUCCCGGGUUUGAUUCCAGUCAAGGGCACAUGCCCGGGUUGCAGGUUCAAUCCUUAGUAGGGGGUGUGCAGGAGGCAGCCAAUCAAUGAUUCUCUGUCAUCGUUGAUGUUUCUAUCUCUCCCGUUCCCUUCCUCUCUGCAAUCAGUAAAAAAAAAUAAUAGUAAUUUUUAAAACAAUUGAGAGAUAAUUAUGUACUCUCCAGGCAGAAAAUGAGGUCAUAAGCACUACAUAAAGUGAGGUAAAAAUGUAUGCCAGCUCUGCGUUUUCUAAACUGGAUUUGAUCCAAUCCAGGAUUUCUCAGCAGAUGGCAAGAGGGCCAGACGGCGGGGUAGAAACAGAGAUAAAAAUCAUUUCCUUCCAUGUGAACCAUAGCUGGUUAGCUGAGGUUCCCUGGAGGAAAACAAUAUCAAACCUCUGGUCCCUGCAAAUCCUCUUCCUCAGCCACCACCGCAACUCGCCCAGGGUCCUCCUGAAAUGUUAGUGGAGAAUGUUCCCAAAGCAAAGAAUGCUUUGAAAAUGGGUUAUGCGGCAUAAAUUACAUAUUUUUCUGUAUAUUUCAGUUGAAAAAUCAUAAAAAUCACAUAAUGCUUUGUGUAUUAGCUGCCACUACUUUAAAAGGCCGUCUGAUACUGGUCUUAAAUGCCCCUCUUUGGCAUCUACUUUUUGGUAAGGACUGGGGACUCACAGGGAAAAUGGAAGAGGCUGUUUUCAGGGUAGGAGACCCCUGCUGCUCCUCCCAUCCUCUCUAGAGUUGCAAAAAUAAAGAAAAACCAAAGUCUGGCAUGCCAAAAAACCUCAACUCUUUACGUAAUCUAUUCUAACUCUUUACUUACCAAUACUCAUUGGUAAGUGGUGAGAGGAAACUAAAAACACCUUUGCGCAAACUACACUUGCCAAAACAUGAUGAAUCAGACUUGUUUUAAUGUCAUCCUUGGUAACGUGACUGACACUACUUCCCCCAUGUCCUGUAGUCCAAAUGGGCUGCUUCUACAUCAAGAGAAAAAACUUGCUGUGACGAAAGCAUUUUACCUAUUUGCUUUUCUGUAACUCGUCUAAAUAUCUGCAGUAUUUUUAAAAAUAAGAAAUCCGUGAGUUUAUUGUAACUUUCUGAGCCCACAGACAUUCAUUAGCUACUAUUGAUACCCAAGACAAAAGGGAGAUCUUCAGUCCUGUUUUAUAGGUAAGAAAACUGGUUUGCAAAACAUAAACGUGGGCACAAGAUAUGCUCCAACUUAUAUGGCCAAGGAGUGGUAAAGCUGAACCUAGAACCCAGGUUUCUUAUCUCAGUCCAUUCUUCCAGUGAUUCCCCAUGCAGGCAAGGACUAAACAACACCCAUCCAGGGCAAUUUUACUGCAGCCACAAUUCAAAGUUUUUAAUAACUUGGAAAAGGAGAGAGAUGUUUUGGCUAGAAAUUGCUAAGAGAGACCCUUACACAAAAAUAAAAUACUCAGAAAACUGUU